AUGAUCACGCGGACCGGCAUCCGGUCAGGUUCCCGGACUGCAGCUUGUCUCCUUUGCCAAUGGCGGUCUUUUAGCAUCUCCUAUCGCCGGCUGGUCGACAAACCGCCAGCCCCGACCUCCGGACCAGCAAGUCCCAACUCUACCCAACCAUCACCCGGCACAGCUCCAGUCAGCCGUGAUGCUGCCGCCGCGUCGAGUCCUCUCGCUCAUGCGCCCCGGGCGUAUGGCAAGAAGCUCAAGGACUUCACGCCAACCCCGCUGGCGAGGCCAAUUGGCAUGAGCUAUUCCCCACAGGAGGGCGAGAACACGGGCGUCGACAACCGCAGCCUCAAACAACGCCACGCCGACUUUACCAACUACGACAAGCACCUGAAGCGUCGAGAAGAGCUCAAAAACAAAAUCUCGCGUCCCUACUUCCGCGACUGGCGCAAUCUGCAAUUCCACCAAGGCAAGACCUUCCUGUCCCCGCCGCGGCCCUUCCGCGCCGACCUCUCGCUGUACUUCCCCAACCUGCACGGGCGCACGCUCGCCGCGCCCGCCGCCGACACGACCCCCCUGCUCGAGGGCCGCGCCUCGGUCGUCUCCGUCUUCAGCGGCAUGUGGGCCGAGGACCAGGCCAAGACCUUCACGGCGCCCGAGCAGAACGCCGCGCUGCACGAGGUGCUAGGCGCCGCGGGGGGGAGGGCGCAGCUGGUGCAGGUGAAUGUGGAGGAGGAUUUGCUGAAGGGGUGGUUGGUGCGGUUGUUUGCGGGGUCGUUGCGGAGGAAGGUGGGGAGGGAGAAUUGGGGACGGUAUUUUAUGGUGAAGAAGGGGAUUACGGAUGAGAUUCGCGAGUCGAUUGGCGUGUUGAAUAGUAAGGUUGGGUAUACCUACCUGGUGGACCACCAGUGCAGGAUACGCUGGGCGGGGAGCGGGUCGGCGGACCCGGGGGAGAGGGAGGGGUUGGUGAAGGGGGUGCAGAGGAUACUGAGUGAGAUGGAGAAGGAGGGGGUGGGGGAGCACUACGUGAGGAAGAUUGUUGCUGCUAAGAAGCCGGAGGCGAAGUGA